GGCCCGCCGGCACACACCAUACAUACACAUACACACACGGUCUAGGAAAGGAAUAUCCACCUCUAUGAAUCCCCCCCCCAAAGCGGAAAGGACCCUGAAAGUUAAAAAGCUCCCGGAGCCGGACCACAGACUGGAGAGGAUCGUCGUGUUGGAGAGAGAGAGAGAGGAGACAGAUAGACACACAGGCACAGACAUGGACACAGACACAGACGUAGGCACAGACACACAGACACAUAGGCACGCAGACACACCCACACCCACACCCACACACACACACGGAAGUCUCCCACAACCAGAAAUCGAGGACUGACUCGGUGAGAGGAUGGCUAUUUAGUGGGGGAGGCUAGAGUGGAGUUUUGUGUGGAUGGCGGAAGUUGUGCAAAGCAAGGUGUGACGGUUGUGACGGAGUGUAGAGGAGUUAGUGGACAGAUUGGGCGGGAAAGGAUGAUGAGAGAGGGUAAGACAAGGCCAGCCAGUUGUGUUGGAAGGACAUGGCUAUGGGUAUGGCAGAGAGAG